AUGGACAUUGCUGCUCUUUUAACUUCUGCUGGAAUUAACAUCGCCUUGUGCGUGGUGCUCUUUUCACUCUAUUCAAUAUUAAGGAAACAACCCAGCAAUGUUAAUGUGUACUUUGGAAGAAAGCUAAACUGUUGGCAUUCAAGAAAAGUUGAUCUUUUGGAAAGAUUUGUUCCCUCUCCUGACUGGGUAAUGAAAGCAUGGGAAUCAACUCAAGAUGAAAUACUGAGUAGCGGUGGCUUGGAUGCUGUGGUUUUUUGCAGGAUGCUUGUGUUCAGUAUUCGAGUAUUCUCGGUUGCUGCUGUCAUCUGCGCUGUUUUAGUGCUUCCGGUGAAUUACUAUGGUCGGGACAGAAUACAUAAGGAUAUACCUUUUGAGUCACUGGAAGUAUUUACCAUUGAGAAUGUCGAGGAAGGAUCCCGGUGGCUUUGGGCUCAUUGUCUCUCCCUAUACAUCAUAACUUUGACAGCUUGUUCUCUUCUUUACUUCGAAUAUAAGACCAUUACUAAUUUGAGGUUAGCACAUAUUACUGGAUCGCAGCCAAAUCCAAGUCUUUUUGCAAUUCUUGUCCGAGGAUUACCCUAUUCUUCAGAAGAAUCAUACAGCGACACAGUGAAAAAGUUUUUCUCAUAUUACUAUGCAUCAACAUAUUUGUCACACCAAAUAGUGUAUAAGUCUGGUGCAAUUCAGAAACUGAAGGAUGAUGCAGAAUAUAUGUGUGAGAUGCUGAGUCGUAAUUGUUCAAGGGAACCAUCCUGUAAGCCAAGUUUUACACAAUGUUAUUUUUGUGGAGGAUCCGCAAAUUCUUUUAAGAUUAUUUCUAAUGAGAUAGAUAGUAUACAUGGGAGAGCAAGCUACAAAGACAUGCAUCUAGAUGCAAGGAAAAAGGAAUGCGGAGCUGCUUUCGUGUUCUUUAAAAGUCGGUAUGCUGCUCUUAUGGUUGCCCAAAAUCUUCAAACAUCAAAUCCUAUGUUAUGGGUCACAGACCUAGCUCCUGAACCUCAUGACGUUUACUGGUCCAACCUUUGCAUACCAUAUAGGCAACUUUGGAUUCGUAAGAUAGCUACACUUGUGGCUUCUAUCACCUUUGUGCUUGUAUUCCUUAUCCCCGUCACUUUCGUACAAGGCUUGACUCAACUAAAGAAGCUUGAGAAAAUGUUCCCUUUUCUGGCAGGGAUACUUCAAAAGAAAUUUAUGAUUCAGCUGGUGACUGGUUACUUGCCAAGUGUGAUUUUGGUUUUAUUUUUAUAUGCUGUUCCACCAGUGAUGAUGCUAUUUUCAGAAGUGGAGGGAUCUAUUUCCCGUAGUGGAAGGAAGAAGAGUGCAUGCUGCAAAGUUUUGUAUUUUACAAUUUGGAAUGUGUUUUUUGUUAAUGUUUUUGCCGGAUCUGUUAUCAGCCAACUCUCGGUCUUUACCAGCAUAACAGAACUACCUGCACAACUUGCCAAGGCAGUCCCAGUGCAGGCUACUUUCUUCACAACAUAUGUUUUAUCAUCUGGUUGGGCAAGUUUGGCAUUUGAAAUUAUGCAACUGUUUCCUCUUUUCUGCAAUCUGUUCCAGAGGUUCAUACUAAAGUUUCAGGAUGAUUCACUGGAUGCCACCCUAACUUUUCCAUACCACACAGAAGUUCCAAGGAUCUUACUAUUUGGAUUCCUUGGGUUCACCUGUUCUAUUCUGGCACCCCUAAUAUUGCCCUUCUUAUUGUUUUACUUUUUCCUUGCAUACCUCGUUUACCGAAACCAGAUUCUCAAUGUGUAUAUUACAAAAUACGAUGGUGGGGGACAGUUAUGGCCCAUUGCUCACAACACAACGGUGUUUUCAUUGCUUGUCACUCAAGUUAUUGCACUUGGGGUGUUUGGAAUAAAACGGUCAACAGUUGCAUCUGGAUUUACCGUUCCACUGCUGAUUGGUACCAUUCUAUUUCACCAAUAUUGUAGGCAGCGAUUUCUCCCAGUAUUUAAGAACAAUGCAGCACAGGUUCUUAUUGACAUGGAUAGGAGAGAUGAGCAUUUUGGAAGGAAGGAGGAGAUUUUUGAACAACUGCGUUCAGCCUACUGCCAGUUCACUACUUCUAGUCCAUCUGAAUGCUUUAGUAGUCAUCAAGGCAUGGACCGUGUUCGGACUCCAGAAGAUUUGGAGACAGGCACGGAAAUCAGCCAAAAAGAUACACAAUGGCAAGUUCCUCGUAGUUUGAAUUUAGACAAAUCGGUUCUUGACGGGUAG